AUGUCGAAGCGAGGAAGGGGAGGAUCUGCUGGGAACAAGUUCAGGAUGUCACUGGGUCUGCCAGUGGCGGCGACGGUGAACUGCGCCGACAACACAGGAGCGAAGAAUCUGUACAUCAUUUCAGUGAAAGGAAUUAAGGGCCGCCUUAACCGUUUGCCAUCGGCUUGCGUUGGAGACAUGGUUAUGGCAACUGUGAAGAAAGGGAAGCCAGAUCUUAGGAAGAAGGUGAUGCCAGCUGUCAUUGUUAGGCAGCGCAAGCCCUGGCGUAGAAAGGAUGGUGUAUACAUGUAUUUUGAAGAUAAUGCUGGUGUGAUUGUGAAUCCCAAGGGAGAAAUGAAAGGUUCUGCUAUCACUGGACCCAUUGGGAAAGAGUGCGCUGACUUGUGGCCAAGAAUUGCUAGUGCUGCCAAUGCUAUCGUCUGA